UUGUCGACUUCAUCAACACAUCCACAUCAUGUAAGUUUACUAACUCCGAAAAAAAAAUUAUUUUUCAGAUCGGUAUUAUCAGUAUCUCCAAGUCAACGGAGGAGAUCUUCCAGUAUCGAUUGAAAGGAAGUCCCAUUAAACGACAAGGUAAGUCUUAAAAUUAUUGGUACCGAUUUUGAAAUUUCAGACUCGUAUAAUUGAAUUACUGAAGUCACAAAACAUUGCAAUACGGGACAAAUUGAGCAAAUCGAAGUUAUCUGGUAUUCUCGGGAAAGAUUUAUUAAAAGUGAGUAUUUCAAAUUCAAAGAUUUCCCUGAAUUUAUCGAUAUUAUAGAAUCUCAAUUUCGACUUGUGGAGAUUGUGUCUCGAUGAAGAAGUUCGACAAUUAUUGCUCAUGGUAUCAAAAGAACACCCAUUGAAUAUUAUGACGAUACUGAAACAUCGGAUGUUUUGUCGACUUCAUCAACACAUCCACAUCAUGUAAGUUUACUAACUCCGAAAAAAAAAAUUAUUUUUCAGAUCGGCAUUAUCAGUAUCUCCAAGUCAACGGAGGAGAUCUUCCAGUAUCGAUUGAAAGGAAUACCCAUUAAACGAAAAGGUAAGUCUUAAAAUUAUUGGUACCGAUUUUGAAAUUUCAGAUUCGUAUAAUUGAAUUGCUGAAGUCGCAAAACAUUGCAAUACGGGGCAAAUUGAGCAAAGCGAAAUUAUCUGGAAUGCUCGGAAAAGAUUUAUUGAAAGUGAGUAUUUCAAAUUCAAAGAUUUCCCUGAAUUAAUCGAUUUUAUAGAAUAUAAAUUUCGAUUUAUGGCGAUUGUGUCUCGAUGAAGAAGUUCGAAAAUUAUUGCGCGUGGUAUCAAAAGAACACAAAGUUUCAGUGAAUUUGUUGAAGCGGCUUGGACCAAAAAUGAAAAAUGAGAAAGAUGAAGUAUUGAGACAAUUGAAACUUCUGGAAAAAACAACAAGUACAAAACUUGUAGAAGUAAGUUAAAUUAAGUACACAAUUUUAAUUUCAAUAACAAUCUACUUUUCAGAAAAUGCGGGACAUCAAACAGCAGAACAAGAAGACGUCAAAAAAAUGAUUGCAUUUCCAAUCUUUUCUUCCCAAUAUUUUCAUUUUUCUCUUACCUUUUCACCUUUUCUAUUUUUCCUCCUGAAUUUCAAUCGAAUAGAAAUAUGCGAUAAAUAAAGGGUUAUUUGAAAAAUGUGUUGUUUUUUGUCUCGAGAUAUUAUGAUUAAAAAAAGUUCCGAAUUUUUUGAUCUUCAGAAAAAUUUGCAGUUUGGGUUACUGUAGUUGAAAAAUAUGAGGAAUGUUUUUCGAUUCUUUCUUGAAGUCACAAGUCUCGAAAUUCUUCGAGAAAAACGAUUUAUUGAAGAAUUUAAUCUUCAAAAUCAGUUUCAAAAUCAAAAUUUUUCGAUUUGCAUGAAGUCUGGACAUAUUUCCGGAAAAUGACUAACAUUUCAAAAAUUCUCACACCUUUUGCAUAAUAAUGUACAUAAAUAAGAAUAAAUAAUCUCUCUCACUUUUUUCUGUUUCUUAUCUGAAAUACUCUUCAUACACAUGUCAAUUUUUUCGAAUUGUUCAAAUAAUAUCGAAAUUCAACACAUUUUUCUAAACUGCACUGAAUAUUCCAGUGAUCCAUGUCAAUUAUUAGAGGUAUUUUAACUUCAAAAUAUUCCAGAUGUUCUCCAUUCAUUAUUUCAGAAUGUGCAAACAAUUUUGGGUAUUUUAUUUUGGGCCAACUUUUUGGUUCCCACUAUAUUUUCCAGUAUUGCGUUUAUCGGUAACUUGUUAUAUCUUAUGGUUUUGAUUCCAAUGUAUUUCAAUAUCGAUGAAAGGUUAGAGAAUUUUGAAAUGAUGAUUCAUAUUUCAAUUUUUAUCACAUAAUUUCCAUAUAAUCUUCAUACGUUUCAAAUGAAAACAACUAACUUUUCAGCAUUAAAAAAAGUUAUGCCUUCAUAAUAAGUCGAUGUAUUUCUUCAAUUUUCGCCAUUUUUGCUAUUAUUUUAAUGUUCUUCCUCCGAAUUUAUACAAAGAAUUCGAAUUAUUAUCUAGUUUUUCUAAUUAUUCUAGUGGAUGAUAUGAGUUUUUAUAGUUUAUUGGGUGAGUUUUUUUUUUAGAUCUCCUAAACUAAUCGAAAUUUUUGCCUGUUUGCUUGCAGGAUCCUAUGUGAAUAUGUCAAUUCUGAUUUAUUUUGCUUCAAUUUAUCCAAUGUAUUAUUCUCAAAAUAUUUCACUUCGAAGAAUAUAUCAUUUAAUUGCAAUUAAUUGGACGAUAUCAAUAUUUAUAUCAGUAAAGCUUUCCGAUUUGUUUUUUUUUUUGAAAAACUUUUUUUUUUUCAGAUUUUGAGCUCAUUAUUUCAAGCGUCAACGUUUUCAAUUAACGGGCCAAUUAAAUGCGAUGAAAAAACUUGUGGGCCAAUUGUUGAUUUUAUUACAUGUAAGAAUAAUUUUUAAAAAUUGUAUCUCCAAUCUUCAAGUUCUAUUUUCAGACCUAAUAAUUCUAAUCUCAUUUUCCAUAACAAUUCUAACAAUGCUAUUCGUCUUGGUGAAUUUAAUCUGGCGCCAUAAAAAUUUGGGAAAUCAAAAAGAGGCUGUCAAAAGACUGUUUUGCACUCUGGUUAUUUUCACAAUUUUCGCGUUGACUGAAGCAAUUCCAUCAACAUUUUUGAUUGGACAAGUUUAUAGUGAGAACAAUUGGGAAAAACUAUAAUUUUAUUAUGAUAAAUUUUGCAGAUAAUAUACCUAGUAAUUGUCAAAACUUCUAUAAUUCUCAAGCUCUCAUCACAUCAGCAAUUUGGACCUCCCUUCAAACUUUGGCCUGGUGAGUUAGAGUUUUUUUUUUCAAAAAUCAUUUAAAUAGUGAAUUUUUCAGGUCAAUCGCAUUAUGCGCCGAUCCUUUGCUAGGAAUUUGUUUUGAUUCUUUUGUAAACUCACGAAUUUCCAAUUUCUUCAAAAACAUUUCAAUAUAA